GUCAUAUUGCUUUGCAUUGGCCAUACAAGAUGAUGUCUCUGACAGAAACGACUGAGUAUGACAACUUUGACCCGGAGUGCUAUAUGAAAACCCACGAUUGGUCUACCUCUGAGGAAGAGGAAGAAAGGAGCAUAUUUCAAUUCAAUGUGGAUUCUAUGCAUGAUCUUUUUAAUUCAGGUGUCAUAAAAGGUCAUACCUUACUGGACAUUGGAACGGGUCCGACCAUCCGAACUGUGGUCAGUGCCAGCGCCCACGUGCAUGAAAUAUAUCUCAGUGACGUAUCUCAACGAAAUCGAGCUGUAAUGACUGACUGGUGGAAAGGUAAUAGCAUGGCUGAGGCUGAACUUACGGAUUACGUCUUAAAGAGAGAAAAUGCAAGGCAUUCAAUAGCAGACAGACAGGAAAUGAUUAAAGCAAAGAUUCGCGGAGUUCUUCCUAUCGACGUCAGAUCCGGACAUCCGUUAGGCAAGAGAGAUCAUCCUCAUCAGUUCGACGUAAUAACAACGUGUCUCUGUUUUGAAUCAGCUGCACAGACGACAGAAGCUUAUCGUCAGGUUGUGCAAAAUGCUGCUUCUUUGUUGAAAGUUGGCGGUCAUUUGGUGGUCAUCGGUAUCUUUGACACCACCCAUUACGAAGUUGGAGAUUUCAAAUUCAUGUCUGUUUCACUAUCGCAAGAAGAAAUAGAACAAAUAUACAAAACGUGUGGAUUCCGCAUAAUCUAUAUCACUCGAAAGGCCACAGGUAAAAGUUUUGCAAUGCAUGCGGUCAAGACAACAUAGAUUGUUCUAUGCUGAUAAUAAUGUAUUGUAGUAUAUAUAAACCAAAGCGAUAUCUCAGGUGAUUUAGCUUGCAAGUCUUACUCGAAUAUUAUAAUUAUGAAAUUAGUUAAACAGACAUGCAUUUAUGUGUUAUAAGAUAUCGUAGGUUUGUAUAUAGACUGCUUAUGAUGAUUAUCAGAGUUUGGUGACUGUCUUUAUGCAGUUUGAAUUUCUGGCAAUUUAAUAUGUUUCAUGCCAGGAAACACUUGGGGUCGUUAUUAUUAUAAUUGAAGUUUUAACUCAGUCUCUUGUAAUCCAUCUCCUUCAUUCUUCAAAAUAGUUAUCAUGUAAAAACAUUUGCCAAUGAAUAUCUAUACAUACCUUUGUAUGUAUUUUCUGGUUUGGAGAAGACUUUAAUAU